AUGCAGAAGUAUUUUCUAAAGAAAGUACUGGCUUUACCUGUUGGCACUCCUGCCUGCAGAAAUUCAUUGACAUGCUUUAAUGGGGGAGAAUGUGUGCAUUGGCAGUUGUGUGAUUGUAGUCGAUAUAAUGCAACUGGAUCAAGAUGUCAGUUAGUAUACAAUACAGGUGCAGAACGAGACAAUAUUUGCCGAACAUGGGGACAAUAUCAUUAUGAAACUUUUGAUGGUCUCUAUUACUUUUUCUCUGGGAAAUCAACAUAUGUUCUUGUCAGGCAGAAUGAAUUAGAUGAACAGAGCUUCUCUAUCCAUGUCCAUAAUGAUCCAGAAUGCAAGUCUUCUCCAUAUUCCUGUAAAAGAUCUGUUAGUCUAUACUUUUCUGGAGAUGGAGAAAUCAGAUUAAGCAGUGAGGUCACUUACAAAGGAAUUGGAAUACCAUUACCAUACACCACAGGGAACUUGUACAUCCAAAAGGUUGCUGGCUAUGUCAUUGUUAGACACCAGUAUGCAUUCUCUCUGGCUUGGGAUGGUGCAUCUGCUGUUUAUAUUAAGAUGGCACCUGACUACUGGGGCAAAACUCAUGGCUUGUGUGGUAACAACAAUGCCAUUCUGCAAGAUGAACUGGCCACCAGUUAUGGAAAACUUACAGAAGACAUUGAAGAGUUUGUAGAAAGUUGGAGAGAAAACUCUCCCCAAGAGAAUAUUUUCUCUUGGGAUACCACAUUUAUCAACAUACCACCUUGUCUGAUGCAAACUCAAGGAUUUUUACAGAGAACACACACAUUAUGCAGCAUGCUGCUCUGGCCCCCCUUCAGAGAAUGUCAUGAAUUUGUGAGCCCCUUUCCUUUCAUGGCCAGUUGUACAAAUGACCUGUGCAUGUCAGGAGCAGACAAUGCAACUUGGUGUCGAGCACUAACUGAAUAUGCAAGGACUUGUGCUCAAGCAGGAAAACCUCUCCAUGAGUGGCGGGCACAAUUCAACCAAUGUGUCAUUAAAUGUGAGGAGCAUCUUGUCUACAAUGAAUGCAUUGACUGUUGUCCAGUUUCAUGCCAGCAAAAAACUCACUGUGUUGACAGUGAACUUCCAUGUGUUGAUGGAUGUUAUUGCCCGGAUGGAUUUAUAUAUGAAAACAGAUUAUGUGUAAAGCCUGCGGAAUGCCCAUGUGAUUACCAUGGAACUAUCCAUAGAACUGGCGCUGUGGUUCAUGAAGAAUGCAACAAUUGUACAUGCUUUGGAGGAAAAUGGAUUUGCACAAAUUUGACCUGUCCAGCUGAAUGUUCAGUCUCAGGAGAUAUUCACUUCAUGACAUUUGAUGGACGCAAGUAUACAUUUCAAGCCACUUGCCAGUAUAUUUUGGCAAAAAGCCUUACCUCUGGUAAAUUUGCUGUGACUCUGCAAAAUGCUCCUUGCGGACAGAAUCAGGAUGGAGCGUGUAUCCAGUCAGUCAGUUUUAUUCUCAAUCAAGAUUCCAAGAGGCAAGUGACACUGACACAUUCUGGAGAUGUUUUGGUAUAUGAUCAAUACAAAGUCAAUCUGCCUUACAUUGAUGAUUCUUUUGAAAUAAGAAAACUUUCCUCUGUGUUUUUGCAAAUAAAGUCAUAUAUUGGAUUACAAAUACUUUAUGACCCUGAAGGUUUGAGACUCUACCUCAAGGUUGAUGCCAGAUGGAAAGAUGAUACUAUCGGUCUCUGUGGAACCUUCAACGGAAACACUCAAGAUGACUUUUUAUCUCCAGUUGGAGUGCCAGAAAGUACACCUCAGCUUUUUGGAAAUUCCUGGAAAACCUCAUCAGCCUGUACUCCUGAAUAUGAUCAUUCGGCAAUGGAUCCAUGUGAUGUUCAUCUACAAGCAGCUGCUUAUGCAACAGGAUCCUGCAGCAUCAUUAUGAAAGAACUCUUUGCCCCAUGCUAUUCCUAUCUGAGUCCACUUCCCUAUUUUGAACAGUGCAGAAGAGAUACCUGUAAAUGUGGACAGAUCUGUAUGUGCUCUGCUCUAUCCCAUUAUGCUCACUUGUGCCGCAGAUUUGGAGUAAUGAUAGACUAUCGGAGUAAUGUCCCAGAAUGUGCUCUUUCAUGUGAAGAUACAAAGGAGUACAGUACCUGUGUGCCUACCUGUGGCGAAACCUGCCAAGCACUCUCCAUGCCAGAGACGUGCAGUGAUGAUUGCAUUGAAGGCUGCACCUGUCCCCCUGGAAUGUACUUGAACAUCAAAACUGACCGAUGUGUGCAACAAAAUGAAUGUCCCUGCUAUUUUCAAGGUAUUGACUAUCCACCUGGAGAAAAUGUAAUCACAUCUUUGGGAAAAUGCCACUGCAGAGAGGGAAUAAUGAACUGUGAGGAAGAAAACAUAGCACAUGACUGCCCAGAUGACCAAAUCUAUGUAAAUUGUAGUAAUCCACAAACCAUGGAAUUUGGCCAGGAGAGAACCUGUGAAAAUCACCUGCUAAAUCUCACUAUCUCUGCACACCUUCCUUGCUUUUCAGGAUGCAUGUGCCCUCACAGCCUUGUUAAACAUGGGGAUACAUGUUUCAAGCCAGAUGAAUGUCCAUGUACUUGGAAAGGCAAAGAGUAUUUUCCUGGAGACAAAGUAAUUUCUUCCUGCCAUACCUGCAUCUGCCAUCAUGGGUCAUUUGAAUGCACUUUCCACCCUUGCCCAUCAAUGUGUACAACAUAUGGAGAUCGGCAUUACAGAACUUUUGAUGGACUUUCUUUUGAUUAUAUUGGAAAUUGUAAGAUUUACCUUGUUAAGAGUACUUCAGUGAUCACUUUUUCAAUAAUUAUAGAAAAUGUUAGCUGCUUUAAUACUGGAAUCAUUUGCAGAAAGUAUAUUUUCAUUAACAUUGGGAAAUCAUUCAUAAUAUUUAAUGAUGACACUGGAGAUCCGAGUCCAUUAAGUUACAUAGAUAAACUACAGCAAAUAUAUCUCUGGAAAGCAGGAUUUUUUACACUUGUUUAUUUUCCUAAUGAACAAAUCACAGUAAUGUGGGAUCAAAGAACAACUGUUCACGUAGAGGCAGGACCUCAGUGGCAGGGUAAGCUGACUGGUUUAUGUGGAAAUUUUGACUCAAAAACUAUAAAUGAAAUGAGGACUCCAGAAAAUUUUGAGUUAACAAAUGCACAAGAAUUUGGGAGUAGCUGGGCAGCUGUAGAGUGUGCUGACAGCGCUGAUAAUCGGCACCCAUGCAUCUUAAAUCCACUCAGAGAACCAUUUGCCAAAAAAGAAUGUGGAAUACUAUUAAGUGACAUAUUUGAAUCUUGCCAUCCAGUGGUUGAUGUCACCUGGUUUUAUUCGAACUGUUUGACUGACACGUGUGGUUGUAAUCAGGGAGGGGAUUGUGAGUGUUUCUGUACAAGUGUUUCAGCCUAUGCACAUCAAUGUUGUCAACAAGGAGUUACAGUAGACUGGAGAACCCCUAGACUGUGUCCUUAUGAUUGUGAAUAUAUCAAUAAAGAUCCAGACCUGGUUUCAUUUGAAGCACUUGACAGACCAAAUUAUUUUCUUUAUUUAGCUUUCAAUAAUACUCUGAUUCUUUCUAAGUGGGGAAGAAGUGAAACUUUUCAUAAUAGAUCAACAUUUAUCAUCCACAAAAACACAUGGCUCUCAGGAUACAGUUCCUUUGAAUCAUUUGCAGUGCCAGGAGCUUUCAUUCACAUUUCAGCUUCAUCUGUGAAUGUUAUUAAAUAUAAACAUUCUGAAGCAUUCAGAUUAUCUACACUUUUUAAACUUAUAGAGCAAGAAGAAGCAACAAGGGAUUCUACUAUCUUGGACUUAACCCUUACCAACAAAGAAGAAAUUGUAGAUGAAGUGAAAGUGGCAGAAUCCUUAGGAAGAAGUGACUAUGUCACCUUCGAAUUCAUAAUAGAGAGGACCAUGAAAACUGAGUUUAUUCAGAAGUAUACCUUGAACUUUAGGAAAAUUAAAUUCACAGAGCUCAGAAAACAGUUGGAUGCCAACCUUAAGUUUGUAGCACAUUCGGUGUGUGAGUGGCACUAUGAUGUUUGUACAAGCCCUUGCUUCAAAACUUGCAGAGAUCCUUUAGCAGAACACUGUCAGACUGUACCAAAAGUGGAAGGAUGUGUUCCUAUGUGUCCGCUGAAUAUGGUUCUGGAUGAAGUAACUCAAAGAUGUGUCUAUUUUGAAGACUGCAUUGAACCUGCAACUGAAAUUCAAAGUUCACCUUUCACUUUAAAGACACAUUCAACUUCUGGGUCUCUUCAAACAUCCGCAGUAGUCCUGAGUAAAGAAAUAACAUCAUCUCCAGGGCUGGCAUCAAAAGAGAAGGAAACAACGCCUGCAUUGAAGUGGCAAUUCAGUUCAACCAUAGAAAAAGCUAAAUUUUCUACCCUUCUGUUGCCAAAUAUUACAUUCCUAGCCCCAUCUGCAAUGUCGAAUGUUUCCACCCAUUCAGCUUUUGGUACAAGUGCAACGCCAGUAUUUUCACACCCGGUAUCUGAUGAUGGCUUCCCUUCUGUAGUUGAUUUUCCUCCAUCAACAGCUGCUGUAGUUACAGGCACUUUGCCUGGUAAACAGACAAGCAAUACAACAAUCUCUUCAAUCCCUUCAACAUCAGUGGCCUCUGAAGUAGGAUUCAUUUCUGUUCCAACUGCUGUAAUUCCAUCCAUGAUUGCACAUGAUAAAUCACCAGCCACAACUAAACCUGUAUCAGAAACAAAAGUAAUAGGUGCCACAGAGGAAAUAAAAACCAAAGUUGCAAGCAUUGCAGAAGAAAAAACUUCUUCCACAGUAACAUCAAGAAUACAAAGAACAAGCCAGUUUCCUACCAAAGCCACAUUACCGUCUUUGCCUUCUUAUUUGCCCACAGAGAUUCAGACAACAAUGUCAGAUAGAACAAAGCUGAAUGUGAGUCAACUGUCUAUAAUGGCUGCCAACAUCACUGUAACUUCAUUUCCCCAUUUAUUUACUAUUUUGUCAACACUAAAGCCAGUUGUGAAGCCAGUUCCUUCAGAAACAACAAAAACAACAGUUGCUUUAAUGAAAGAAGGAAUUGAAACCACAUUUAUGCCAGGAACUCCAGUACUUACGCAACCAACCACAACAAUGCCUACACAUCUAAGUGCUUUACUAUUUUCUACUGUUAAAAAAGGAAUGACAGAAAAAACAUCAAGUGUCACACAUCAGCCAAGUUCACAUUUCCCCCUCUAUUCAGCAACAACCUCAAGGCCUGGCAUUUUUUCUUCAAAACUCCCUGGGGUAUCUGCUACAACUUCUCGGAAUUUUACAGACUCUAAAGAAUUUCUGCAAACAGGAUUGACACGUGAAUAUUCACAAUUCAUUCAGCCAAACAUAACAAAGGCCACAACUGUUUUGUACACUCAGUAUCCUGCUUCAUCACAAACCAUAAUAGUUCCAUCUUCCUCUGCAAAAGUAAGCUUUGAAAUGACAGCUCCCUCAGAAUCACCAGCACGUAUUUCAGUCUCCCAUACAACUUCUCCACUGUACAAACCACCUUUAUCCUUGGAAACUACAAGGAUGCAUGUUGAACUAGAUUCUGUUGGAGUGACAAAAUCAGAAGGAACAGAACCUGAUUUUACCAAAGAAGCUACAGCCAUGGUUUUCCCAAUUUCAUUAGUAACUAAAAAAAUUGAACCAGUUCUAACAACUGAGUACCCAUUUACUCUGCCUGCAGUGGCUGAUACAAAAAAAGUAACAUAUCUUCGUGCAACAGAAUCAAAAAAAGCUGACUCUACUACUCCAUCCCCAGUGCUCAUUUCUACAGCAGCAAUAUCAAAGAGAGUCACUGGUCCAGGGCCUUCAUCAGCUGAAGGUCAAGUUACCAUGGCAGCAACCCUACAUCCAAUAACGCAAAAGACUACAUCAUCCCCAGAAUCCACAAUAAAAGAAACUUUAGAUGACACUGGCUUUACUUUAUCCCCGUUCACUAAAUUGAGCAGCCAGACGUCACCUGAAGGAAUGUCAAUUCCCUCUUCCUUUGUUACUCAUCCAGUAAUAACACCUUCUACCAAACUCUACCUGGCAGAGACAACAGUUCCCCCAUAUACUUUAAUACAAAAAAUACCUGAAAUAGCAGCCACUGCAAAACAGCCAGCUGAGAUGACAUCAAAGGUAAGGUAUUCUGUUCAUACUUCUCCAAUGGAGAGGAUUUCCUCCCAUGGGAAAGUGGAAUCUGCUGUUCCGUAUUUUACAACCCAAAUAAUAGUAAAGCACGAUUCUCCUCCAGCAUCUAAAACUUACUUAACAACCAGGGGAACUACAACAGCCUAUUACUUUCCAGAUGAACUGAUAAGGACCAGCAUCCACCCCAAAAUUACUUUCAGUACAACGGAGUCAGCGGUCAAGUUUGCAGAGUCUUCUGUGUUCCAAAGUAGUGUGCUACCAGUGCUUGUCCCUUCAGCUGCAUCUUCUACGUCUGUGUUUUCAGCAAAAAUUCCUUUAACAAUUGAAAAAGAAGCAACCCAAACACCAAAAACUGAAAGUGACCUGAUUCAAACAAUAUUUUUACCAUCAACUGAAAGGCCUACUGACAUGAUUGUAAGCAAAAAACCUCUGAUUUCUACCUCUAAAUUUACACCUGCUCUGAUAACAUUACCAACCAUAAGAGAGGAAGCGGUGACGUCCUUUCCUACUCAGAAGUCAAAAACUGACAUAACUACAAAGCUAGCGCUGGUGUCUUCUCAAACACUUACAUCUCCCAGCAUUCUCAUUCAUCUAUCAGAAUCAACCUCUCCGUUAUCUAUACUGGAAGCACCAGAAAUUUCAGGUGCGAGUCUCACAGAUUCGCCAGAGGGAGAGUUUUUAAAACCACUUGCACCAACAGCAUCCACAUCAGUGGUUAAGGGUACUACAGAUAAAGUUUCCAUUUUAUCAAAGCAUGUGCCACUUUCCACUGUUUCUUAUAGUUCUGUGUUCCCUGCAUUUAGAGUGACACCAGCCACGCCACGUUUUACAACUUCAGCUGAAUCAGUGCCCCUGGGAAUAAGUGGCCUGACAACACAGCGUGUCACAAAACUGCUGGCAGAGAAAACAGCAGGAAUAAGAGAAUCCCUCACGACGACACUAUUUUCAGUGUCUUCUGUUGCUUCGGAUACAAAAAGUGUGAUUUCUGAAGUACCCGGGAUUGAUGGACAAAUACUUGCUACAAAGCUUCUUCUAUCCCCUUCAACUACCAAACAUUCAGUUACUUCCCCUGCUUCACUUGGCUUUACCAUUCCAACUAGAGAACCCAAGAUGCCAACUGUAAUGGAGGUCCCCACCCCUUCAACAAGCUCCUUGUUGAUAGUACCAAUACAUCAAAAUGCUACAGUAGCUACCCCAGUUCCCACCUAUCUAUUUACCAAAUCAAUUUAUGAUUCUGCUGCAGGAUAUGAUGUGGGAUUAACCACUGCUGAAACUGUCUCAGGAACUGCAGCUUCAGUUUAUAUGCCCGCUAGAGAAACGGCAACACCACCAACAUGCACACCGGUCACAGAGAAUGAAUGCAUACAGUAUAUUUGCUUAGAUGGACAACUAAUCCAAGUUAACAAAUCACAAAACUGUCCGUACAAUGCAAAGCAACCCAGCUGUGGAUUUCUUGGAUUUGCUGUUCAGGUUAAUGGAGAUAAAUGCUGCCCAAAAUGGCAAUGUGCAUGUCGAUGUACACUUUUUUCUGAUCUGAGUUUGAUCACCUUUGAUGGGCACCACUUGACAUUAUUUAAAGAAGCAUCCUAUGUUAUCAGUCAAACUCAAGAUGAAACUAUAAGUAUCUAUGUUACUGACUGCAGCAAUUUUCAUACAGGCACUUUAACCUCUACGAAGCUGUGUCUGACUAUGUUGAAUUUAACAUAUCUAUCUAACCAGAUUAUAAUUGACCGCUUAAACAGGAAGAUAGCUGUCAACUCAAGACAUGCAUGGCCUACUAUUAGAAAAUAUGGAUUUAAAAUUGAGGAUACUGGCUUCAUGUAUAAUAUUGAAACCCCAGCUAAUAAUAGGAUUCAGUGGUUUCACACCUCUGGUGUGAUGAUAAUAGAACCAAAUGCAACCAGUGAUCUAAAAGUAAUGGGAAUGUGUGGUUUCUGUGAUGGAAACUCAACAAAUGACCUCAUGUUGCCCAACAGGACUGUUUUAAGCACCGCUGGAGCUUCAGUUGUCUUUACAGAUAGCUGGCAAGUGCCAAACACAAUGAAGUAUAUUGGAGAACAGAGAACCCAGGACACUAACUGUUCAGUCAGGGACUGCUCACCUUGUUUAAAUAUGUUGUUGAACCAGACCUUUAGCACCUGCCAUCCUUAUGUUUCUCCAGGCUCCUUUUGUGAUUUGUGGGUCCAAGACACAGAAUAUAUUCAGAAUCCAUGCAUAGCAUUGGCUGCUUAUGUUGCCAUGUGUAACAAAUUUAAUAUCUGUAUAGAAUGGAGGAGUUCCAGCUAUUGCUUCUUUCCCUGUCCAGAAGGUUUCUCCUACAAGGCCUGUAUAUCCGCCUGUGACAUAGCAAGUACUUGUCAAAAUAUGGAGCCAAGAUCACAGGAUUUGGAUUCUUGUUUACUACUGACUGAAGGCUGCGUCUGUGUAGAAGAAACUGUCCUUCACCGUGUUCACUCUGCCCUCUGCAUCCCAGAGGAAAAGUGUGCUUGUACAGACAGUUCUGGAGUGCCCCAUGCACUGGGAGAGACUUGGAAAACUUCCCAGAGUGGAUGCUGCAUGCACAAAUGUGUUGACAAUGACACCAUUGCACCUGUGGAGUUCAACUGCUCAGUUAGUUCUGACUUAGAAUGCCAGCGCUUUGGAGAAGUAGCUUUAAUUAUUCCUGAUGAUCAGUCCUGUUGUCACCAGAAAGUCUGUACUUGUAAUCAAAGCCUCUGUGAAACAUUUAUUCCGGAUUGCAAAGGCCUGGAGAAACUAGCAAUCUACUACCAACAUGAUUCCUGCUGUCCUAAUUACAGUUGUGAAUGUGAUCCAGCAAAAUGUGAGUCCAUGGAACAGAUUCCUAACUGCCGAGCGGAUCAAACCCUUAUUGCUGCCCAUGUGGAAGGCACAUGUUGUGUAUCCUAUAUUUGUGCCUGUGGUAUUUGCUCUGAUCAAAUCCCUGAAUGUCAAGAAGGUGAAGUCCUUACUGUGGAUGGCAAUACUACAGAAAGAUGUUGUCCUGCUUACCAGUGUGUUUGCGAAACCUAUCGUUGCCCUGAAUUUAAGUGUGUAUUAGGGAUGUCCUUGGUAGAAGUGUGGAGUCCAGAAAAGUGCUGUCCAUAUCGUACAUGUGAGUGCACCUGUGACACAAUUCCUAAGCCUCAGUGCAAACUGGGAGAGAAAAUUAUUCUAGAUGAACAGUUUCAGAACAGUACGGAAAAUGUUUGCCACUGCACUAAGUACAAAUGUUGUAAAGACAAAGUGUGCCUGAACAACGAUAGAGGCAUUCUGCUUCCUGGACAGUCUGUUGUUGAACACUCACCUGAUGGUGUUUGCCACACUUCCUAUUGCACAACGAUAAUCGAUCCUGUUACAAAGUACUAUCGGAUAAAUAUUUCCACUAUAGAUUGUGCAGCAAGGUGCAAAUCUUACCAAGUGUACGAACCUCCAAAAGAUGUAACAACUUGCUGUGGAAAAUGCAAGAAUGUGUCUUGUGUUCAUGCUUUCAGCAAUGGAACAGUUUCUCAUUUUAAGCCUGGAAGCAUUUGGAUUUCAAACUGUGUCAGAUAUGAGUGCACAAACACACCAGUGGGACCUGUUCUAGUUACAACACCCAUCAGUUGCCCACCUUUUAAUGAAACAGAGUGUGUGAAGGUUGGAGGAUAUAUUGUACCUUUCCUAGAAGGAUGCUGCAAAACAUGUAAAGAAGAUGGGAAAUUCUGUAAAAAGGUGACCGUAAGGAUGACAAUACGCAAAAAUGACUGUCGAAGUAACACACCAGUAAACAUUGUUUCCUGUGAUGGAAAGUGCCCUUCUGCAAGCAUUUACAACUAUAAUAUCAAUACAUAUGCAAGAUUCUGCAAAUGCUGCAGGGAACUUGGACUGCACAGGCGAAAUGUGCAAUUAUAUUGCAGUGGCAACUCAACCUGGGUCAGCUAUAUGAUUCAAGAACCCACAGACUGCUCUUGCCAGUGGUCAUGA